GGAUUCAUUCAUUCUUUCUUCACUGGAUAAGAAUUAGUUUCUGAUCAUAAUCUACUCCACUUCUUCAGGCCUUUCUCCCACGCAACCCUAUCAUUUUUGACCAGAUCAUGUAUCUCCCCCUAUUUUCCCUCCUUCUGAUUCUUUGAAUUUUCAACUACUAAUUCUACUUCCACUCACUGUUCAAGAUUCAGUUUUUCCUUUGCUAGGUUUUCUUUGAUUUCUCAACUGCUGCUCAUUCUUGAAUAUUGGGAGCUGUUUGGAUUGGAUUGGAUUGUGUUGUAUUGUCAUGGGUGAUUAUAAUUACUUGAGGGAAAUAGAGGGGAAAACAGCUCAUGAUCCGUAUGGAAAUAUGAGUUUCAGAACCUCAGCCAAACGCUGCGUCUGGGUUCCGAGUCCGGUGAUCGUCGGCGCAGGUCCAUCAGGGCUGGCGGCGGCGGCCUGCCUGAAGGAAAAAGGGGUUCCAUCUCUAGUCUUGGAGAGAUCUAAUUGCAUAGCUUCGUUGUGGCAGCUCAAAACCUACGAUCGCCUCAAACUCCACUUACCUAAGCAAUUCUGCGAGCUCCCGCACAUGUCUUUUCCUCAAGAUUUUCCGACAUACCCUACCAAACAGCAGUUUAUUCAGUACUUGGAGGACUACGCUAAGAGGUUUGAAAUCAAGCCCGUUUUCAAUCAGAGUGUGGUGAGUGCGGAGUUUGAUGAGAAUCUUGGGUUCUGGAGGGUGAGAACGGCGCCACCAGGGGAGGUGGAGUACGUGUGCCGGUGGCUGAUAGUGGCGACGGGGGAGAAUGCAGAGGCGGUGGUGCCGGCGAUUGAAGGGGCGGAGGAGUUUGAAGGGGCGGUGGUGCAUACUAGUGGGUAUAAGAGUGGAGAGGUUUAUAAAGGGAAGAAAGUUCUUGUAGUAGGGUGUGGAAACUCGGGCAUGGAGGUUUGUUUGGAUCUCUGCAAUCAUAAUGCUACCCCUUCACUUGUCGUCAGAGAUACCGUUCAUAUUCUACCACGAGAGAUGCUCGGAAGAUCAACGUUCGGACUGUCAAUGUGUUUACUCAAGUGGCUACCGACGUGCCUAGUCGACCGAUUCCUACUAGCGGUGACACGGCUCAUGCUGGGUGACACGGCCAGGUUCGGGCUGGACCGGCCCCAAGUAGGCCCCCUCGAGCUAAAGAACGUGUCCGGAAAGACCCCGGUAUUGGACGUGGGAACCCUUGACAAGAUCAAAAGUGGAGAUAUCGAGAUACGACCCGGGAUACGUAGACUACUACGGCAUCAAAUGGUGGAAUUUGUCGAUGGACGGCAAGAAAAUUAUGAUGCAAUAAUCCUAGCAACUGGUUACAAAAGCAAUGUACCAUCUUGGCUAAAGGAAAGUGAUAUGUUCUCGGAGAAAGAUGGCCUCCCAAAAAGGCCAUUUCCAAAUGGGUGGAAAGGCAAGUGUGGGCUAUACGCCGUGGGGUUCACCAAACGCGGCCUUCUUGGGGCAUCCAUUGAUGCCCAGAACAUUGCAGAUGACAUCCAAAGUUGCUGGAGGGCAGAAGCAAAGCAGCUUUCAGCUAUUUCUUGGCCACAUUUCUUGCAAAAAUAUGUAUAGGAUUCAUUUGACUUGACAAGACAAACAACGAAACAAGAGGAAGACUAACGUUGAUCAGAAUUUUGGAGAAAUUAAGGAAGCUGAAAUGAUGAAGAAAAAUUUGGAGUUUUGGAUUUUGAUUAACAUUUCCCACUUGGAGAAAUUGAGGAGGAGGAGAAUUUGAGUGAUAGUGGGGUAUUGGUAGGGUUCUUGAAUCUAGCCAUCAAUCAAACUAGUCAUAUGUAUACUUAUUGUACAUUCACAUUUUUCUCUAAUUUUUAGGGCUCCAUAUUUAGUUUUUCGGGUAAAUUCUUGAAUUCUGACUAGGUCACCACGUCGUAUGUGUGUAUUAAAUUUUACGUAAUUUUGUUCAUGUUCUUAUAAU